CAGGCAUAUUUAAAUAAGUGGACUUGAGGUCCCGAACAACUUGGCAGGAAGAUGACUGUAGUGUGCCUGUUUGUGCUGCUGCUGCCUCUGCUGCAGGCGACGGUCGCCUAUGAAGUCACGGUAGAGCUUGACGAACUCGCUUCCAGUGCUGGUGUUGAGAAGUGCCGUUUACGACCACGUGGAAAUGCGUCCAACGCCCAAACGGUUAUCCUCUAUGAUGGCGAAAUAUUGAUACAUAAUUUCUGUCUUAAGAAAAAGAAAUUGUUUACGCUAGAAAAGCUACGAUACUCCAAUGACGGUCUUGCCGACCUUCUGACCUUCGACCUCGAUGGCGUGGAGGUCGGACGGUGGACAACGCGAGAAGACUUUGGAGAUGGUAGUCUGUGGAACCAGAUCCUGGAAGUUGAACAAUUCGGCGAUGAAGUAAGUGUCGCUGCAGGCAAUCACAAGCUGACCAUCCGGGUGGCGGACGGGGAUAGGUACGGGGUCGAGCUGGACUCUCUGACGUUCAGUCUUGACCAAAAGGAUCCUGAUGACAACAGCCUAUGCAAGAACAUGGGCUCAAAGGCCAUUGCACCUCUCUUCGGGGAAUGUGAUCCAGACGCAGAUGUCUGUGGAUCAGCCCCUACACUACGUAACGCGGACGUGUCGUACAAGGGGAGCUACGUAGGGGCGACGGCAAGGUACACAUGCCGUGCCGGCUACGUCUUCUGUGGGAGAAGCUCCAAACACCGGUGUUCCAGCAUUGGGGAGUGGGAAGGCCUGGAGGGGUCAUGCUUCAGGUCAAGAUGGCAGCAACCACGGCAGGGAAUUGAUUUUGACGUGUCACUACCUUGGAGUUCCACCAACCAUUACUCGCUCGAGAUUGUAGCCACGCUUACGGUUCGCCAAAGGUGA